AUGAGAUCCUUCUCAGACACCAUUCAAGACCUUAACAUGAUUGACUUGCCACUACAGGGGGCUCAUUUUACAUGGUCAAGGGGUGAUAACAUUGUGCAAGCAUCGAGAAUUGAUAGAUUUCUCAUUUCCACAGAGUGGAAUGACUCAUUCAGAGCUAUAAAACAAUCAGCUCUUCCAAAAGUGAUAUCGGAUCACAAACCUAUUCUUCUUGAGAGCGGAGACUGGGAUGUUAGCCCUUCAUACUUCAAGUUUGAAAACAUGUGGCUUCAAUCAGAAAGUUUUCUAGAGAAACUGAAAGACUGGAUGCAGAGCUACAAUAAAAUGGGUAGGGCUGACUACGUACUACUAAAGAAAUUGAAAAGGCUGAAGAAGGAUAUAACAACCUGGAAUAGGGAGGAAUUUGGCAAGGUAGAGACCAGGAAAACCAAAGCCCUAGAUGAGUUGUCAGCACUAGAGCAAGCGGCAGAGAGUAGACAAGUAAUAGUGCCGGAAACUAUUCAGACGAUGAACCUGAGAAUUGAGCUUCAACAACUAGCCAAGGCUGAGAAAAUCUCUUGGCGGCAGAAAUCAAGAUGA